GUCUUUGCUGGCAUGCAUCGAACAUGUUUUUUUUAUUUUUUUUAUUUAGUUUGCCCCAACAAGAUUUACAUGCUAAAAUCGCCAGUUAAAAAAACAACAACAUAUUACAUAUUUUCUUUUGAACAUUUCCGAAAUUCCGUAACCCGGAAGUACUUUUUUGAUGUUGCGGACGAGACGCUGGUAAAGAAACGCAUCAACGUUUUCCUUCUUGCUCACAAAAUGGUCAACGAUAAAUAUUGAUCAUCCUAAUUGCAAAUGGGCUAUGUCUGAACUCGUGAGACUGCUGUCGUCUUCUCCCAUACCGCCAGUUGACCGCUCGUCCCCCACCACCAUGUCUACGGGGAUGGCCUCUGCACCUCUACUGCAGCCUACUAGCAACACAACCCAAGGUCAGAGGAUGCCCUGCACGUUAUACGGCUGCCAUCGUGUCUACACGGACACAGACAGCCUGGCCAAACACAUCAAGGACCAUCAGAAUCACAUCCCCACUCAGUCCCUCCCAGGUAAAGUGUUCCUCUGCUCCUUCAUCGGCUGCAACGGCUCCUUUCCCAGCAUGCAGCAUCUGAUGGAACAUAUGAGACAGCACCACAAACCCAAUACAUACUUCCUGUGUCAGAGUUGUCGGUCCAAGCUGCGCUCCUACCGCGCCCUCCUCAAACACCUCCACACCUGCGCUAAGGUAGCCAAGAGCAAGGCCAAGGCUGGCGAGCAGGCAGAGGUCAAGCCGGACCCUGACCCCGAUGCUGCUGUUCCCAUGGCUACAGACCAGGAAACCCCACAGCAGCAAGAGCCCAUGGAGUCCGAGCCCUCCCACCCUGUCCAUGGGUCUACCGGGUCUGACCAUCUCUCUGCCCAGGCUCCCUCCCCCUACCAGCCCCCAGAGGAUGGAUCUCUCCUCGGCCUGGACCUCAACUCGGCCCUGCUCCCUGGGGCUUUCUCUCUCCAGGAGGGAGGUGGUGGGGGAUUGUCAGACACCCAGCCCCCAGGCCCCACAGACCAGCUCCCUGAGGGAUCCUAUGGCUCCUUCUCACAGUACCUUCAAUCUCCACUGGAGGUUUCUGGACCGACGCCACAGCAGCAACAACAGCAGAGGCCCCCCAGGCCCGUCCCUUCGGCUCUACCUUCCUCUCCGCCACCCCAGACCUCCACCCCGCCAGGCUCGAACGCUCGCUGGGGGAAGAACCAAGACGCUCCGGGGUCUCUAAGACACAGAUGGACCUCUCCUCCUCCAGCCAAUCACAGGUUAACUAGAGAUGGAGCGCAGGUCAGUCCUUCAACGGCCGUAUUCUAUGGAAACACACCAGGGGGCGCUACAGCUGUGUCCAGUGUGGCCACGCCACCCCAAACAGGAAGGAGAUGACCGCCCACAUCAAGGGCCAACACAAGAGCCCCGCUGCCAAGCCUGAUGACCGUGUGCCCUCCUCACAGACUAAAGGAUCUUCAGAUACAGAGGCUAGCACCUACACCUGUCUCUGACUCGACGAUGGGAGGAAACACAGGUCAAUAGUACGGUGUUUAGUGGAACUAGUUUUUUUAUUUUCCUGUGAAAGUGAUUCAUUUCAAUAAACAUAAUUAACUUGGUAAA